AUGGCCCAGACACAAGGAAAAGCAAUUGGCAUCGACCUCGGCACGACGUACAGCUGCGUCGGGGUCUGGUUGCAUGACCGCGUCGAAAUCGUACCCAACGACCAGGGAAACAGGACCACCCCGUCCUACGUGGCGUUCACGGACACGGAGCGGUUCAUCGGCGACGCUGCCAAGAACCAGGCCGCUAUCAACCCGGAAAACACCGUGUACGACGGCAAGCGACUCAUCGGCCGGCGAUAUUCUGACCCGUCCGUUCAGGUCGACAUGAAGAUGUGGCCCUUCAAGGUAGUUCCAGGCCCAGGUGACAAGCCAAUGAUAGUAGUCCGAUACAAAGGCGAACAGAAGCAAUUCUCCCCAGAAGAAAUCUCGAGCAUGAUUUUAGCCUACAUGCGUGAUAUCGCCGGGGCAUUUCUCGGCCACCCGGUGAACAACGCCGUAAUCACGUGCCCCGCUUACUUCAACGACUCACAGCGGCAGGCCACCAAGGACGCGGGCAUGAUCGCGGGGUUGAACGUGAUAAGGAUCAUCAACGAGCCAACGGCGGCAGCUAUCGCUUACGGGUUGGACAAGAAGGCGGCGAAGAAGGGGGAGCAGAAUGUGCUGAUUUUUGACCUGGGUGGUGGGACGUUUGAUGUCUCGCUUUUGACCAUUGAGGAGGGGAUUUUCGAAGUGAAGGCUACGGCGGGGGAUACCCAUUUGGGCGGCGAGGACUUUGAUAAUCGGCUGGUGAACUUUUGUGUAGCAGAGUUCAAGAGGAAACACAAGAAGGACAUAAGUGGAAACGCCAGAGCAUUGAGGAGAUUAAAGAACGCGUGCGAGAGAGCCAAGAGGACUCUGUCUGCCACCACCCAAACCACCGUAGAAGUCGACUCCUUAUACGAAGGAAUCGACUUCUACAUGACUAUUAACAGAGCCAGAUUCGAGGAAUUGUGUAUGGACUUGUUCUUGAAAUGCCUGGAACCGGUCGAAAAAUGCUUGCGCGAUGCUAAAAUUGAUAAAAGCCAAGUCCACGAAGUUGUUCUCGUCGGUGGGUCCACACGAAUCCCGAAAAUCCAGCAGCUGUUGCAGGUCUUUUUCAAUGGGAAGGAGCUGUGCAAGAGUAUUAAUCCCGAUGAGGCAGUUGCGUAUGGGGCCGCGGUUCAGGCGGCGAUUUUGAGUGGUGAAGAGCAUGAGAAGGUGCAGGACUUGUUGUUGCUUGAUGUUGUGCCGCUGAGUCUUGGCCUCGAGACUGCUGGUGGUGUGAUGACCACUUUGAUUCCGAGGAACACCACGAUUCCGACUAAGAAAGAGCAGAUUUUUUCGACCUACUCGGAUAACCAGCCCGGCGUGCUAAUUCAGGUCUAUGAAGGUGAAAGAGCAAGGACUGGAGACAACAACUUGCUCGGAAAGUUUGAGCUGACCGGAAUUCCACCGGCACCAAGAGGGGUGCCGCAAAUCAAUGUGGCCUUCGACAUUGAUGCAAACGGGAUUCUGAAUGUCUCGGCGGAGGAUGAAACUGCUGGGGUGAAGAACAAGAUCACAAUUACUAACGACAAGGGAAGGUUGAGCAAGGACGAGAUUGAGAAAAUGGUGAAAGAUGCGGAGAAGUACAAGGCGGAGGAUGAGGAGGUGAAGAAGAAGGUGGAAGCUAAGAACGCUUUGGAGAAUUACGCUUACAAUAUGAGGAAUACAAUGAAGGACGAGAAAAUUGCUAGCAAGUUGGAUCCGGCGGGUAAGCAGAGGAUAGAGAAGGCAGUCGAGGAGGCUUUGGAGUGGUUGGAGAAGAACCAGUUGGCUGAGGUGGAUGAGUUGGAGGAUAAGUUGAAGGAAUUGGAAUCCAUUUGUAGUCCAAUCAUUUCUAAGAUGUAUCAAGGUAGUGGUGGCGGUGGUGGUGUGGAUGGUGAUAUGCCUGAUGCUGGUGGGUACGGUGGUGGUUCUAGUGGGUCCGGCGGUGGUGCUGGACCGAAGAUUGAAGAGGUUGAUUAAAUGCGGAGAGAGGGGUUAGUGUUUGGAAAUAAGCAGCUUGGGUGGUCUGUUUAGGGUUCUGUUUCUGGGCUUGUA